GCCAAUGUCCUCUGGCAGACUCGACGAGGCGACCGGCGAUCGCGGAAGGCUACCACUUCUCUGCAGUCGGGCUAACAUUACCGUGUUUCGGACCCUUUAACUGGGAGUUAAGACAUUAAACCGGAUGCCUCUAUGAUCCAACUAACCUCACAACGAGCUAUACAGUGUUCAGUUUGCACAAGAGGUGAGCCAUGGCUGAACCGAACUCCUCCCGCCCCCAAAGGAAGAUGUCCACCGCUGGGGAGAGUGUGUAUAAGGUGCUAGGGCUGGAGAAAGGAGCCUCAGCUGAGGACAUCAAGAAAGCAUACAGAAAACUAGCACUGAAGUACCACCCAGACAAGAACCCAGACAACCCGGAGGCAGCGGAAAAGUUUAAGGAGAUUAACAACGCCAACUCUAUUUUAAAUGAUGAAACCAAGAGGAAGAUUUAUGAUGAGUAUGGCUCCAUGGGCCUUUAUGUAUCCGAGCAGUUUGGAGAGGAAAGCGUCAAAUACUACUUCCUCAUGUCCAAAUGGUGGUUUAAGGGUCUGGUCCUGUGCUGCACACUGUUUACCUGCUGUUGCUGUUGCUGCUGCUGCUGUUUCUGCUGCGGGAAGUGUAAACCACCUGACGACGAUGAAAACUACCAGUAUGUCGACCCUGAAGACCUGGAGGCCCAAAUCAAAGCAGAGCAGGACGGAGGUAACACAGUAAUCAUAGGCCAGCCCACAUCUAAUAUGGGUCCAGAAAGCCCAGAAGGCCAGAGUCAGCCCAUCCCCCUGCCCAUGCCCAUGCCUAUGCCUCCACCUGAGCCCCAGUCGCCGACCUCAGCCAAUCCAGCAGGGGAAGAAAACCCCGGAGAGACCUUACCAGAGUCAAAAUGACUCGAAAGUAACGACGUGGAUGAGCCUGAAUUAGCAGAAGCAGGUAGCCUUUCUAGCCCUUAUUAUGACCCAGCCACAUUCAACUGCUGCCAGAGACCCAGAGAUCAACCAGCCCAAAACCACCAGCCAGCCCAGGCCCACACCUAAAUCCUCAACCCUCAGCCGACAUGAUCUUCCCACUGGACAACACCUGCAAGGUGGGCACUUAAAGGCUCUUGGCCCCCUCCAUGGAAGUCAAAUUAUGGAGGAAUAUUCGUGUAAAUUAAACCACUAGCAGGGCUCUGGCAGUGCUGAGACCCUCAUUAACAAUUUCAUGUCAACUAAUAAAUACAAGGCAACUAGCCGCUCUCCAGUGAGUCGCCUCUCUCCUUCCAGCUUGCCGUAGUCCAGUCUGGGCUGGAUGCGACCUUGGUAGCAGUCCAGUUAUCCAGGUCUAGACUUGGCAACAUACCUGAGCUCUUUACUAGUCUGUUCUGGUCAUCCCAUUCCAACCAGUAAGGAUGUGACACUGAGCAGGAAGAUGGCAAAAACGGGGGAAUAUGAGGGCAAAAAACACAACAGAAAGGUGAUUCUCAUUAUUUAUCCACUAUCCAGACCAGGACUGGAAUUAUCUUUCUCAUCUCUCCCCGUCUCCCUCUGUUUUGGACUCUGUUGGUGACCAGCAGGAGUGCUUUUGUUUUUGUUUUUUUGUUUUUUUUUACAUUUCUUCCCCUCAAACUUGUUUUGGAGUCGCGCUCCAAAAAGAAAGCCACGAUGAUCGUUGGUAAAUUAACUCCUUUAUGGAAUUGGAUGCCACUUGUGAUUUGUACAAAUCAUCAGAAGCCAGCAGCAAAACAGAAACCACGCUUUAAGACAGAUGAUGAGGAUGUGGAAAACCCUUUUUUCCCUCUUCUUCUUCCGCCUGUCUUUGUUCAAGGAACAGUCGCCUUCAGUUUCGUGUUGCAUCACUGCCCUCUGACGUUCAUUCUUUCAUCAUGACUCUUUGACGCCAAGUGGAGGCGGGAAGUUUUGAAUCGGGUCACUGCUACGCCUUUCAUGAACGCACAAUCUGAGGGGUGGGGGAGGGGCAAGUGCACGGAAAAAAAGAUGCGACACAGCAGAAGGGACUGCAGGAAUGACAUCCACAGAUUAUGUCUUGUUCAAUGUCUGAGCCAAAUCGAAAGAAAAGAUUUAAAGCAUCGAUCAGGAGUAGAGUCGGAGCUUACUUCCCCAACGUGCAUGCAUUUUAGUCCAGACGCAUGCACCUAACUGUACAGCACUGGAAUACAAACCCCAAACCGCAAAACAUGGAGUUUGACUUUACAGACAUGCAAACUCUGGAUACACACAUCUUGUAUACAAACACACACUUGUACCAGCCCAUAUGUCAUUGUGUGCCAGCCUUGGCUUAAAAAGAAAAAUAUAUAACCCCCGGUAUAAUCUCUAUCUAAUAAAAUGGACGCCAUACAGAUGCCAUACCAUGGAAAACAAACUAAGCGUUGACGUUAUAACUGGAAAACACUUUUAAACACAUUUUGUCAGAUCUACAUUUCUGCGCUCCUUCUUUUGUUGCAGAGUUGUGUCGUAGACCAAAGCUAACAGUUAGCCAGCCAACCCGUGAUGAGUCAGGUCGAGGCUGAUCGUCUCUGGAAAUGCCAUUUGCUCUGUAAGCCACAGUUCUGUUUGUCAAAGUUGUUUCUAUAAUAUGCAUUAUUGAGGUCUAUGCACCUUGUGAAGCGAGUCUGUUGCCACAUCAUAUCAUUAUCUUUUUUUUUUCUUUAGUCUCAGUUCAGGUUGUAAAAUCAACUUUUAAGUUACUUGAUCAUCGAUAACCUCAGGUCCAGAUUCACUUAGACUGCAGUGCAUUAAGGGCAAUCCACUCAUUUGAUUUGCAUUUUUAUUGCGUUGAGGUUUUUGAGUUUCUCAUUUAAUUCGCAGAAUGUUUUGUAAAUUUAUUUGUGACGCUGAGCAACCAGUCGACCAUCUUUAUUGUGAAUUUUCACUCACAUUUCAGGACUAAUCCACGAAGUCCUGCAUCUUUCCACCGUAAAUCUCCUUUUCAUUCAUCUGUCUUCAGUUUCCGUGAUAGAAACCCUCUCCUUUGCUCCCUGACUCGAUGGUGGCAGUGCUGUGCCUUGAACACUAAUUGCAGCAGUGAGAGAACAGACAAACUCUUGAUGCAACAUGUUUGAUCUCACCUGUGCGAGAGUAUUUUGUAGCUGCUGGUGUCUUGCUUUGCAUGGCAUCGCCCAUAAAUCAGAGAACGUACAGGCACAUGACCAUGACGGGUAAAGAGAGGCGUGAUUAGUAUGGUUCCCUCAUUUGCUGAUUUGGCCAGUUAUUAUUGCUCUUCACUGUGCAAACCUGUAGUGAAUCUGGAUCAGUGUUGGUGUUUUAGCUCCUUGAGCUGCACUUUGAUCACAGCCACCAGAGAUCUCUCUGAGUUAGAGUGUUAUAGAUCCUGGCCUCUGACAAACACACACUUUAUCUUUUUGAAUUGCAUUUUCUUGUCACUGGUCGUGUUCACUGAAGGUUAAAGUUGGCUUUAUUAUGCUGCAGCUGAUGAUUAUUUUCCUUACGGCUUUGUCUGCAAAAUGUCUGUGAAAAAUUGUCUAUCACGUCUUCCCAGAGCCCACGGUGACAUCUUCAGACAUCUUGAUUUGUCCAAUCAAUCAGUCAGUCAAUUAUUCAACAGCUUGUUUCAGGUCUAGUGAACUUUACAGGUCUCCUGUCAGCUGUUGUCAGGACUGAAGUUGGUGCAGCAUAGUGCUGAUUUUUGAGGUGCUGAUCUGUAUAUAGGGCUGUUAAGAGAAGUGACAGAGUGUUAAGAGUCUCCUUCACGCAAAGCCACGUUCCUCAGUUUUAAUUAAGUCUGAUUAGUUUGCUGCUCCAGUUUAUCUUGGCUGUGUUCCAUUGAAAACACAGAAGUCAGCUUUGAGCGAUUCAACUCAAAGGCAAAAAGGAGGGAAAAGGAAUAAAAUCUGGAUUUUGUGUCUCCCCACUGAGUAAAAAAAAAAAAACAGUUUGCUGCCAUGCAUCAUUAGGUCUCUGUUCAUUCCUUCAAACCUUUAACAUCGCUUUGUUUAAGUCAUGUGGGAGUCAGUAAGUUGAUGUGCUUUGGAGAGUUAUUGUCCAGUGUGGAGUUCUGUUUGCUAGUAGGUAAAUUUAUGUGAUUUUUAAAAUGAAAUAUUUUCCCUUUCUAAUGCUGGGGUGAAAUUUAAAGGUUAAUCCUUCAUUUUUCUCCCAUGAUGAAUAAAGGCUAUUGUGUGUCAGUCUAUUAAAUGUACUGUUACUACAGUUAAACUCAUCUUACAGCUGCUGAAACGCUUCAGACAUUGCCUGGUGAACUGCAAUAAGCUAAUGUAGACCUCCAUUAUUUAUUUUUUUAAACUAAAAUUGCUCAUACACCAGCUUCGACGAACAUCUCCAUUACUUUGUUUUGACUCUGUCUUUGAUGGAUUACAUUAUCAGCUUGUAUUUCUCAGUUGAACUGUCUUGCAAACUUAAUUCAUCUCAAGUUUUUUUUUUUUUUUUUUUUUUUAAACCAUCAACAGCCAAACUCUACAUUUAAGCUAUUUCAUUUUUGUCAAACUUCAGAUCCUCUCGAAUCAAACUUCAGUGUGAAAACAACGAUGCCAUGGAGCACUGAGACAUGUUGUUUAUUAUUUUUUUAAUCGUUGUAAAUAGCUCAUAAAACAACAAAGUAACUGACAAAAUUCCUUAUUGUUAAUGGACAUGUUUUAUGAAUUAUUGUCUGUUUUAACAGUGUACAUGCAUUUUUAUUUUUUUUUAUUUAUAUCACAUAGAAAUCCCAUAACUUAAAUGUAAUGUUACUAAAAGUGAUGGUGGUGGGAGGUCGAUUAGUUGAUCAACAUGGAUUUUAAAUGAUGAGCUCAAACUUUGAAGUCGUGUCUGUGUGUGUGUGUGUGUGUGUGUGUGUGUCUGCUUUAAAUCUGGCUUAAAUACUCCAUGCUAACAUUUUAGCAUACGCCAUGCUAAUGGAUGCUAAAAACAGUUAUCGUGGAGCUAACGUUCUUCCAGGGAUCGAUGGAUGACUUUCUUGCUUUUCGGGGGAAAAGUUGUCCAGUGGUACAAUCUACCAAAAUUGCUGUUUUUCCUUAAUGAGUGUCAGGAAAGAUUAAAUUGAACAUAAGAGUAGAACAAUAUGAGGAAACUAUCAUUGUAGAUCAGGUUUAUAUUUUAUUUUUAUUUUUAUUUUUAUUUUGGGCGUGUCACUCACUGUUGUAGUUCCCAGUGGAUGAUCUGUAAAUGAGUUAUUAUGAAAUUCAACUAAAUAAAAAAAACGGGGAUUUUAUAA